AUGCUGCAUAUUGUGUUGGCAGAUCAAGGAAGAGCUGCUCAACAGCAUGGUUCAUCUUUGCUUAUGAAGCGUGGUCCAGGCGAUGAUGUGCCAAGCACUGAUGGUGUUGCAUCAAAGGAUAGUCCUGUAGAUGGUGUUGACUCAGGAUCCGGUUCACCCAAUGAUUCAUCAUCAUCUUCAUUCGAUGAUCCUUCUUCAUCUUCAGGCACUGACAAUGAAAGCAAUUCACCUGACCAAAGCGCGUCGUCGGAAUCUGAUCACGGCACCAGCAGCAGCAGUAGCGAUCCUUCUUCCGGUGAUACAACUUCUCAGCAUGGCAGCAACGAUUCCUCUUCCAAUGACAGUCCAAGCGGCCCAACAGACGACGCAUCAGGCGACAAUGGCUCUUCUUCUUCUUCUUCAAGUGGAAGUAGUGACUCUGGUGCCUCGAAUGACAGCAAUUCAAACGAUGGUUUAGGUGGCGAUUCUUCCGACAGCAAUGGUGCAGGAUCGGCUGAUAGCAACAAGCCAACUGAUGAUAGCAACGAUUGGUCAAAGCCCUCCGAUGACAGCAACGACUCUUCAAAGCCCACCGAUGAUGGCAGCGAUUCUUCAAAGCCAACGGAUGAUGGCAACGAUUGGACGAAGCCAACAGAUGAUAGCAGCGAUCCAUCAAAGCCCACUGAUGAUGGCAACGACUCUUCAAAGCCUACGGAUGAUGGCAACGACUCUUCAAAGCCUACGGAUGAUGGCAACGACUCUUCAAAGCCUACGGAUGAUGGCAAUGGCUCUUCAAAGCCUACGGAUGAUGGUAGCGACUCUUCAAAGCCAACGGAUGAUGGCAGCGACUCUUCAAAGCCCUCCGAUGACAGCAAUGAUUCUUCAAAGCCAACGGAUGAUGGCAGUGAUUGGACGAAGCCCACUGAUGAUGGCAACGGCUCUUCAAAGCCCACUGAUGAUAACAGCGAUUCACCAAAGCCUACCGAUGACGAUGACAGCCAUGGGCAUGAAACACCUACCGACGAUGGUCAAUCGCCAUCUCCUACCGACAACAGUGAUCCUACCGAUGAUGGCAACAAUCAACAUACUCCAGAGCCUACCGAUGAUAGUGAAACUGCUACACCUACCGAUAAUGGCGAAGAAUCAACACCCACACAUGGUCAUGAUGGCGAUGAUGAAUCGUCACCUACCGAUGAUACGGCUACAGCUACACCAACCGAUGAUAAUGAAACAGCGACACCUACUGAUAAUGGUGAAACAGCUACGCCUACCGAUGAUAGUCAAACAGCUCCACCAACUGAUGAUGGCGAAGAAUCAACACCUACCGAUGAUACAGCUACAGCUACAGCAACCGAUGAUGGAGAAGAACCAACAUCUACCAACGAUGGCGAUUAUCCAAGUCCAACUGGUGAUGAUAAUGGCUCCAAUGGUCACCCUCCUCAUGGCCAUCCACCACACGAUCAUCCUUCUCAUGGUAGACCUACUGUUGAGCCAACUAGUACUGAUGAUUAUCCACCUCAUCGACCUACACAUUAUCCACCUCAUCGACCUACGCAUUAUCCACCUUGGUGGUCAUCGAGCUCCACAAUCACCUAUGAGCCAUCUUCGACUACGACACCUGCCAUUGAUCCAUCAUACACAUCCUCUACCGCCGAACCUACCUUCUCAUCAGCAACCGAGUCAUCAAGCUCUGAAGAUUGGUCAAGCAUAAUAAGUAGUGCUACAUCAACUGAGCAAGAAUCAACAUCUACGACGACUACCACUACUACUGAGGAAGAGAGUUCAACCACUACUUCAGAUCCAGAACCAACAUCUACGACCACUACAACUGAAGAAGAGAGCUCUACCACUACUUCGGAUCAAGAGACAUCAACGACAACCACAUCGGAUGCUGAGGAAACAACUACCACGACCAAAGAGACAACUUCAACUACUGAGAAAGAAACUUCUACCGAGGAUGCUGCAAAAUCGAGUACAACCAGUGAGGAGCAGGAUAGCACCACCAUCACAACAACUGUACCUCCAACAACAACAGCCACUCCUUCUCCUCCACCAACUACAACUCAACCUCCAGUGACAACAACCCAUGAUCAAACCUUAGCUGCUCAGCAAAUGGAUACAACCACCACCACCGAGCAACAGGAUCCAACAACGACUAAUGAACCAACAACCACCCAAGAAACGCCUACAUCCACUGAUGAAGAAACAACGAGCACCACACGCAGCUUUACAGUUACUUCAUCUACUGCUACGCCUUCUCUCGUCCUUGGUCAGCUUGAAUGUGGAAGUGAUCCAAUGACUGUUGAUGGUCGUUGUCCAUCCGAUUACUUUUGUAACGCUGCCACAAGCAAGUGUACAAAGUUACUUGGUAUUGGAGACCAGUGCUACGAAGAUUUUCAAUGCGAGUCCACCUAUUGUGAUGGCGUAUGUGUGAAUGCACCAGAGCAUCAAGAUGGAUCACAAUUAUCGGGAGGUCAAAUUGCUGGUGCUGUGGUUGGAUCGGUUGUGGGCGCAGCCAUUCUCAUUUGUGCAUUGAUGAUGCUUUUACGUCGAAAGAAGGCAGCAGCACUUCGAGAAGAACGCAUGCAACAGCAACAACAUUUCCGGGAUUUGGUCGAUUCAGAAGCAGCAGCGGCAGCAGUGGCCAAUACAUCAUCCAUGCAAGAAGAUACCAGCAAUCGUGGUCGAUCAGCUCGCUUGAGCAAGUACAACUUUUUGGCGCAAAUGUUGGGUACCUCUUCUACUCCCACUCCUCCACCUGGCAUGAUGGUAGCUGCUGCUGGUGCUGGUGGUUCCUCCGAUUCACUUUCACCACCUCCUUCUGCAACAGCUGCGCAUGUUUACAAUAGCCAUGGUGAAUUGGUUGGUGGUAUGGGUGGUGCUACAGUGCCUGUUGCCAUGGCGACGCCACAACAUCAUGAAUCAGGUGUACCCGACCCACACAUGUCCUAUGUGCCGCAACUCAACCCUGGUCCUGUUGCUCCAUUAUCUCAGCAAUCACCCACAACGCCACCAGUAAAGAACACGCCUACGGAUAGUGAUGAUGAAAAUCCAUUCUCGGAUAGACGCAUGACUCGUGAUGAGGAUCUGGGAUCCUAUGCAGCGGCACAAUCGGCUGCAGCAGCUCAUUACCAACAACAACAUCCACCACCACAAGGCGAUAGACGCUAUGAAUUCUUCUAG